CCCUGCUGGUCCGACUCAUUUGCCAGUGUAUCCCUUCAGCUCUCCUUUAAUCAUCAUGGCUCCCCUCACCGUGGCCGAUGUGCAGUCUCUCCGCGCUGGCUCAGCACCUCUGCCCACCACAACCGGAGCCAGCGUCUCUGCAGAUGCCUUCAAAUCAUCCCAUGCGCGGAGAAAGCCAAGCGCUAGAUCAUUAGCCCACCACUUCAGCUUUGAAAGUGCCGGGUUUCUGGGCUCGGCUAUGAAAAAGUCAGCCAGCCUGGCCAGCAACCGAAAGAUAAUUCCUCUUGGGACAGGCCGACCGACUCCAGACUUUUACCCUUGGAACUCUCUCAUCUUCAAAGCAAUGCAGCCGACACUACAAAGACCCGCGGCUCAGGACAGCCCAGAAGCACUGCUCAUGAAGACUGCAUCGAAGCAGGGCGCCGAUUACAACCUGUCCUUGGCGCUGAAUUAUGGAAGCGCUGCUGGGUCGCCGCAUCUCCUUCGGUUCAUCACUGAGCAUAUGGAGAUUGUUCAUGAUCCCCCCUACGCCGAUUGGGGGGUUUGCCUCACAACCGGUGCCACCUCUGCCUUGGAAAUGGCGUAUCGGAUAUUUUGCAACCGAGGCGAUAACAUCCUGAUGGAAGCGUACACCUACCCGGGCGCGCUGGAAGGGGCCCGUCAGCUUGGUCUUCACAUCCACGGGGUUCCAAUGGAUGAAGAAGGGCCGAGGGCAGAUGACUUGCAACACAUUCUGAGUGUAUGGGAUCCUUCACGAGGACCUAAGCCUAGACUCUUCUAUACGAUACCUUCGGGUCAAAAUCCGACUGGUGCCACCCAAUCUCUCGAGCGAAGACGGAAGAUCUACCAAAUCGCCGAAGAACAUGACCUCAUAAUCAUCGAAGAUGAUCCCUAUUACUUCCUUCGAACUGGAAGCCGCACUGAAGAAGCAGACCAGAACACUCGUCUUCCGUCGUACUUGUCCAUCGAUGGGUCUGGGCGCGUGGUACGCAUAGAUUCGACAUCCAAGAUCCUUGCUCCGGGGCUACGCGUCGGUUGGGUCACUGCCAGUGCCCAAAUCAUCGAUAAGUUCGUUGGCUACCAGGAUGUCAGCACGGUGGCUGUCGCAGGUCCCUCCCAAUGGAUGACAUGGAAGCUCCUCGAUGAGUGCUGGGGUCAUCAGGGGUUUCUCAACUGGCUGGACAGCCUUUCACUGGAAUACCGCGUCCGUCGAGACAUCCUUCUGGAUGCUUGCGACCGAUACCUACCCCAGCAGAUCUGUUCGUGGGUGGCACCAACGUACGGCAUGUUUCUCUGGAUCAGUCUAGACUGGCAGAAGCAUCCCCGAUUCCAGAAGUCGAUGGUUCAGGAGGACCCCCACUCUCAUAUUGCAGAGAUUGAAACCGGAAUUGGGUCACAGGCUCUCAUGGAGGGCGUACAAACUACACCAGGCUCCUUGUUUGGCUGCAACAGACCUCCCCUCAAAACACUACAUUUCCGUAUGACCUUUGCUGCUGCUGCUAGAGAGGAUUUAGAAGAGGGGGUGAAGAUUUUUGCAGAUGUUGUGAAGCGGGAGUUU